AUGAAGAGGCUGCAGCUCCAACGAUGGAGCAGUUCGGUCCUUUCGGCGCAAGCCCGGACUGGUGGCCGCCUGCAGCACCGUCUCUACACUGGCAUCCGGCAUCAAUCGACCGCUUCGCCUGCUGCGCCGGCUGCCAAUGAUCAAUUGCUCGAGGAAGACCUUCUAGCAUCAUCUAUUCGCCCCCCUACCUCCCGACAGUCGAAGUACCAACUCCCGUCUCCCCCGGUCGAGGCCGCACGCGAGUCCGCCAAACUGGCUGCGCUUCACGCACGACUUUACCUUCCUUCACGAUUACCCCUCGAGACCCUUGCUCGCUCUCUCGUGGACGCCUCGGCUGAUCCCAACCCCAAAUUCAACAAUGAGUCUCUGGCCACCCUUGGUCACGAUUUGUUGACACACUACACCUCCGAAUACCUCAUCUGCACGUAUCCCCGACUCCCCUUGACCGUUAUAUUCGCAGCCAUGUAUGCGUAUGUCGGGCCCAAGACAUUGGCCGCAAUGGCGAGAGAAUGGGGUGUGGAGUCCGCUGCUGCUCCUGGUGGAGAAGUUGACCCCGGCUACCUGCAGUUCAAUAGAGUCCUCCCGGGAGUUGAUGUGCACUCGAAGCCUGUCACUGGCACGGCGAGACCUCACGAAGAUCAGACACAUUGGCGGAAGUCGAUCACAUCAAGUGUUGUCUACGACAAUGAGUUCGGAGAUCCAGUCAAGGGGCCCAAGGAUCCCUCGGAACAGUCCAAGCAGGACGCCCAGAACACCCAGGGCGUGACCGCCGAACAGGCUAACGCAACCUUUGUGCGUGCUGUUAUGGGUGCUAUCUACCUGCACGCAGGCCGCCCUGCUGCCAAGCGAUUCUUCGAGCAGCACUUCCUCUCUCGUCACCUCAACAUCUCCGACCUGUUCAACUUCUCCCAACCCGCUCGGGAUCUUGCCCGCCUGUGUGCUCGGGAGAACUUCGAGCAGCCCGUUGCCCGGAUCAUCAGUGAAACCGGUCGCAAGAGCCGACACCCCGUGUUCGUCGUUGGCAUCUACUCUGGUCAGGAUAAGUUGGGCGAGGGCGCUGGCGCCAGUCUGCUCGAGGCUCGUUCCAGGGCUGCCGUCGCCGCCCUGAAGGGAUGGUACCUGUACAGUCCGCUGAACGUGCGUGUGCCUAGUUCGAUGGAGGAAGAGGGAGCCGCUCCCUGGAAGCCGGUGCACGUGGACUUGGGCGAGGUGAUUGUGUAG